GAUCAUCGCUGGUCGAAACCGCCGUCGUAUGUCACGGACUCCCACGCAUGGCGGCUCACUUCUGAUAGUGCUGGCAAGUUGGGCAUUGCCUUCGGUGAGUGGGUUGGCAAGGUGGAAGAGUUCUUCAGCCACCUGCUCGACGGUGAGGGUCUGGACAAAGACAGCAAGGAGAAAACAGCUUGGUGCAGGAAGCUGCGGCAGCUCAGCACCGCCACGAACGACACCAUCAGGCGCUACAAGGACGAGAGCAGCAAGAUUGCGGCCAGCUUGCAGCAGAUGGAAUGUUAUUCCCAGUAUCUGGCUUUCUCUCAAUGGGCGGAGGAGCAGUACGUGGCGGCACCUGGGAAGCUGUUUAGACUGAUCAAGGACAAGGCCACUUCGAAGGACGAGUUCGAGGAAGGCCAGGUGAUAUCGUCGGACCCCCUCACGGCGAUGGAUAUUCGGGCUAAGGUGUGGAAGAAGAAGUGGAGCGACCAGCAGCUGGACAUCGGCCAGGUCUCCUUACUCUUGGGACGUGCUAGGGCUCGUGCUCGUGAAGAUGCUUUCCCUCUCUUCGACUUGGAGACGCUGGAAGACGGUAUCCGAAGGAUGAAGGGCACUUCGGCGAAGGGCAUUGAGCAGUUGGGGAAGAAGGACCUCAUCUGGCUGCCCGAGCAAGGUAAGCAGGAGCUGGUCCAGCUUUUUCAACUUAUCGAGCAGUCAGUGGCAUGGCCUUGGCAACUUACGGUGGUUCUGGUCACUCUCCUACGCAAGCCGAGCGGUGACGACAGGGCCAUUGGUAUAUUAUCGACCUUGGCGAGGCUCUGGUCGAGUUGUCGAGGCGAGUACCGUGUCAGCUGGACUAAGGCAAAGGCUGGGCAUUGGGAUGCAGCAGUGGCAGGUUCCUCAGCCUUGCGCGAGGCCUUAGCUCGCAGUUACCUGGACGAGACGGUCGCGCUCACCACGAUUAAGGAUUGGGUGCAGGCCAGCGUGCUGUGGGACAUUGAGGGGUUUUAUGACGCUCUUAAAUGGCAGCUCUUACUGGAGACGGGUAUGGAGCACGAAUUUCCACCGUGCAUCUUGGCUUUGGAGAUGAUUUUACACAUGGGGGUGCGUUUCCUCCGUGACAGUGGUUAUUACUCUGAUGCCAUCGUACCCGAGCAGAGCAUGAUUGCUGGACUUGGCGGCGCAGUGGCCGGUUUGGUGACAUCGGCAAAGUCGACGAUCGUCACCAACAAUGCUGGGCUAGGCAAGGAAUUAAAACGAGGCUUCGCCAAGGAGGGCUUCGAGGUCAAGAUCGAGAGUGUCGCCACCGACUUGGGCAUCGAUCGAGGUGCGGUUGGUUUUCGGCGUCCGAAGCAGGCACAGCGGCGAAGAGGUGCUCAGCAGCGUUUCACUCGCGUCAAGCGGUUUGCUCAAGGGGCUGUUCGUAAGAAGAUCGGCGCAAAGCUGGCCAUGAUGGGAGUUCUUCCGAUGGCUGAUUACUCUGACAAAGUCUUUGGAGCGGCUCCGUCGGUCAUCAACGGGUGGAGGAAAGCUCUGGGACAGACUCCGGCAAAGAAAUGGCCAGGUCGUUGCCUCACCACUCUGUUACAACUUCGUGUCGGCCGCAAGGACCCUCAGUACCAGAUCGCGCACAGGCGCUAUCGAGACUGUCAUGACGGGAGCUUCGUGGACACGCAGCAGGUGGACGAGCCGACAGACAACCCGUAUGAUGAGGUCAUCGGCCAUAAGGAAGAUCUCAAGAAGCACGAUCAUCUCUUGGUUGGUGGUGAUGCGUCAGGGGGGCUUUAUUCAGCAGAUGCUAGGUUGCGGCGGAUUGGCUGGUCAUAUCAAGUUAUCAAGGUGACCACCGACACCGACCUAGACGUCCAGCUGUUGUUCUCCCGAGGCGGCGGCAUCCCCAAGAAGCAGACCAUCAACCGUGGUGAGACGACGGCCUUGCUUAGGGCCGCUGAAGAUCUGCUCGACUUAGGGGUCCCCAUCACCUUCGUCACGGACUCGGGGUACGUGGUCAAGGGGCUCCGCAAACUUUCGCAAGGGCGGCUUCCGACUACGAACUUGGACCUUUGGCUGCAGGUCAAGGACGUGGUGGCACAGUACCCGUCCUUGCUCAGCGUCGUCAAGAUCGAGAGCCACAUGUCGGUCGAGUUGGCCAUCCAAGCUGGGACGCAGAUCGAACACUACCUAGCUAACGCCUUAGCUGAUGAAGCGGCUGGGUAUUGGGCAAAGGUGGUGUCUGUUCCUAGCUCGGUAGCGGAGUCCUUGGAGCAUGCGGAAGCAAUCGGUCGUGCUGUCCGCAAACACUUGGCCAAGGCUUUUCUGGCUGCGGCGGAGGCGGAGCCCAAACGUUUCCGUCCGACGAGGUCCAUGGCGAAAAAGUUCAGUCGUCGUGUCAAGUUGUCCGAGCACCAGGUCUUCACAGGCAUGGGCACAUCCUUUCAUUGUUCGGCUUGUGGUUGCAGCGCGAGUGGUCGCAAGCUUGAAAGGUUCUUGGAGACGCCCUGCUUGGGAGGAGUUCUCAAGGGCCACAUUCAGAGAGUGGGUGAUGUUGGAGUUCACGUCCAAGGAGUUCCGAUUCAUGAGUCCCACCUCUUGGGUUAUUUCAAGGGCCUGCAGAUCCAUGCCUGUUUGCGCUGUGGGUGUGUUGGCAAGCAUUUCCUUCGCGGCUUGGCGACAGAGUGUUCUGGUCAGCUGGGCCACUACGGACAUCAGAACUUGGGCAAGCUGGCCCACGGCAUUCUCCCGAAGGGGCGUGUGGCGUUUUGCAGCAAGCAGCCCGAGCAGAUCGGCACCUAA